AUGAGUGAAGAGAUAAGUGCAGCGGAAAUGGCAAAGGGCCCCCGCAUUGGAAUGCGCCAUGUCCAAACCUUCCUGCUCUUCUUCGGCAUUGUAACAGCUUAUAUGAGUCGCUUGAAUAUUUCUGUGGCACUGGUGGCGAUGACAAAUGCCGCAAGCACGAAUCCCAAUUUCCAGGAAUUCGACUGGACAGAGAAACAGAAAUCGUACAUCAUGUCCAGCUUCUAUUGGGGUUAUGUGGUAACUCAAUUUCCAGGCGGCUAUCUGAGUCGUCGCUUUGGCAGCAAAAUCGUGAUGUUCAUGUGCAUAUUCGGCUCGGCUAUUUGUAGCGUACUUACGCCUUUUCUCGUGACAUGGGGCGGCUGGCAGAUGUUUUGCGCUAUACGUACCGUACAGGGUCUCUUCCAAGCAACUCUCUUCCCGUCACUUCAUCAACAUAUAGCCAAAUGGUCACCGCCACAUGAGCGCAAUAUGCUCGGCGCACUCACACACUCGGGCGCGGAUUGCGGCACUGUAAUGGCUAUGCUUCUGAGUGGUUUGAUAGCGGGUAGCUCAAUUGGUUGGCCAGGCAUUUCAUAUAUUUCAGCAGGUAUUUCUUUUGUUUGGUGUUUGCUGUGGCUGAUAUUGGCGGCAGAUAAUCCACCAUCGUCUCGUUUCAUAACAAAGAUGGAAUGCCAGUACAUUGAGACGUCGCUGAAGCGUGACGAAGAUUUCCAUGAGAAGAAAAUACCUAUACCGUGGCUUGCAAUGUUCACAUCGGUGCCAUUCCUUGCAUUGCUCGUGGUACGUUGUGCCGACUCAUGGGGGUUCAGCACGAUUCAAAACCAAAUUCCUUCUUAUAUGAAUGGUGUGUUCAAUAUGGACAUCAAAAGUAAUGCUUUGUAUUCUGCGAUACCCUACAUCGCUCGCUGGAUUAUGUCGUACGUAUAUCUCGUUUGCGGAAAUAUGGCUGUGGCGAAGGGUUGGCUGACGCUGACGGCGAUGCGUAAAGUUUCCAAUACAGGGGCGUUCUGGGUGCCAGCUUUUCUUUUGAUCGGCAUCGGUUUCCUAGACGAUUCAAGUGAAGCAUUGGCUAUUGCGUUAAUGACCAUUAAUGUGGGCUUCAAUGGCGGCGCCACCACUGGUUGCUUGCUCACUAUGAUAGAUAUGUCACCAAAUCAUGCGGGCGUUGUAAUGGGUAUUAUAAAUCCGCUGGCGAAUGUGAUACCCAUUAUUACGCCACUAGUUGUGGGUGUGAUAGUGACAGAUACGCACAAUCGUUCCGAAUGGCAAAUUGUAUUCAUAAUUGCAGCGGCCGUUUGCUUUUUCGGCAAUUUAAUAUAUAUAAUCUUCGGUACAUCCGAAACGCAGCCAUGGGAUGCACCUGAUUAUCUGUUAGACAAUAUUGAAGAACCAGUAAAGGUGGCGCCGAAGAGUACAAUUAAGGAAAUUUUUGGCUCCGAUGAAAGUGAGCAGAAAGUCGCAGGUUGGGCGGUGGAGAAUUUUGCAGCUGUGGAACCAUAUAUUAAUGAGAAGGAAAACAAAAGCGAAGCGACGAAUGAAGGAGAAAUGAAUAGUCUCCGGUUUGGCAUUCGUCAUAUCCAAACUUUAUUGCUCUUCCUCAACAUAGUGGCUGUUUCUGUAAGUCGUCUGAACAUCUCCGUCGCUGUGGUGGCGAUGACAAAUGCCGCCAGUACAAAUCCCAAUUUUUCGGAAUUCGAUUGGUCAGAACAACAAAAAUCAUACAUCAUUUCCAGCUUCUAUUGGGGUUAUGUGGUAACGCAGUUUCCAGGUGGCUAUCUGAGUCGUCGCUUUGGAGUAAAAAUUGUGAUGUUCGUGGGCGUUCUGGGUUCGGCGCUGCUUAGCUUACUCACACCUUUUCUUGUGAUUCGCGGAGGCUGGCUUGUAUUCUGCGCUAUACGCAUCAUGCAGGGUCUUUGCCAAGCCGCGCUCUUUCCCGCUAUUCAUGAGCAUAUAGCCAAGUGGUCACCGCCACAAGAACGCAAUAUGCUCGGUUAUAAUUGA